AUGACAGAUUUAUUGCAACUUGAAGUCCAUGCAAGAGAGCUUUUGACAUCCCUCAACCACUUCUCAACACACCGCCAGGAUGAUAGAAGUACAUUAUCGCCUCCGGAGGAAUUAGAAUUGUCAGAUAGUGCACGAGAAUCAGCUCUGGCAACUAUUGCCAAAAUCCAGGUCAUCUUGUCCGGGCCGUCUGAUUUUAUACAUCAGAUGACCACCCAGACUCAAAUCCUCGCUUGCAUGCGAUGGAUGGGAGAAUUCCAUGUUCUAGCCUACAUCCCUCAGGACGGCAGCGCUUUGAUGAAAGAUAUAUCGGAUCUCAUAAACGUUUCCGAAAGUCAACUGUGUCGCAUCAUACGAAUGGUGACCCCCAUGGGUUUUCUGAAGGAGCCUCAGCCAGGUUACGUAGCUCACAGCGCGUUGUCAGCAUCAUUUGCCUCCAAACAAUCUUACGUGGACGCUAUGAUGUUUCUAGCUAAUACACUGGCUCCAGCUGCCCUGGGCAUGGCAACGGCCCAGCACGAUUCCGAAUAUCACGAGCACGCGAGAAACAGCCUGUGCAAUCAUGAAUCAGCGAUUAGUACCACCUUUUCAUCUAUAGACAAGACUCAGUUACCCUUGCUUCAGCGUCGGUGGCAUGCUUAUCUUCGACACGGAAUGGGAUAUUUCUGCGAUACAGCCACAGAUAUACUAACCUGUCUUGAACCCUUCCGCAUGGAGAAGGCGUUAAUUGUCGAGGUCGGAGCGCGAUCCACUGAGCGAGCGACAAUACUCGCCAAGCUGUAUCCGAUGCUCCAUAUCACCGUCCAGUUAAGGCCAACGUGCUCAACAUCCGGCAAAAAUCGGGUCACCGCGUCAAAUGUCGAUAGAAUGCGGCCCCCACGCAUUACCAUACUUGACCGUGUCCCCGGCUCCCCGCAACCUAUCCAAGACGCCGCGGUCUAUAUAAUUAAUUUGCCCCUGCCGGACCCCGGGAUGCCGCCUUCCCCGCUAGCGAUGCAGAUUCGUGCAGAAAUGAUGGCGCAUUUGAAUACGCUACGGACGAAUCGAUCAGCUACAAUGGUGUUGGUCGUACCUUCGCUCUCAGAUUGCGGUGCAGAGAGCGGCAAAAGCGUGUCUUUGGCCGGGAUAAGAGACUUCUCUCUAUUACAGCUGGCGAAUGAGCGGGAAAUGAGGCUUACAGAGAUAAUUGAUUUGCUGCAUAAAAUGAGCGAUAGUGAGGGAAGAUUAGUUCUGGUAAAUAAAGUAAUUUCGGCGGGGAGAUACGGUAUAGUUGGCUUGGAGGUGAAGUAUCAGGCGUAUGCAGAUCGAUAA